UGUCAACAUAACGCGGAAGCUACACUUAUGACGGCUGAUCGUAGUGGUUUAUGGAUUUCCCGUGAGACGCUCAUAUUCAGAAUGUUUGGAAAUGAAUUGUGAUUAUACAAAGGAAGUAUUAUAGAAAACAACAUGGCUGGUAUAGUAGUAAAUUUAGUUCUUCUUUCUGGAUGUUUGCUUUUGUCAAGGAUCUCUGGUAACCGUCACGAGAGUGAUAAAAAGAGAUGCACUGACAGAGAUGAAAAGUUCAGUUGUGAGAGGUGCAAGAAAAAAGGAAAAAAAUUCGACUGUCAGAACUGCGAGAAAAAUAAUGAAUGUCCUACAUCCCCUACCUGCCCUACUGUAUGUCCCGGUACAUCAACAGAAGAAACACGAAUAGUUACUACAAGGCGGGACUGUUCCCCAUGUCCUACGAUAAUUUCAUUUACUGACUGCCGUAGUACUAAUACAGAGGGCGUGGCAAGCAGUCCUGGUCCCUCCAGUUCGUCUAUUAUACCAGAUAUGGACCAGGGGUCUGUGUUGGAACAGUCCGCUAAAUCACCACCAGGUUGUUCUUCGGGGUCCGUCAUAGGGGCUGUACUAGGAGGGGCCUUGUUAGGGUCAGCUGUUACAGCCGUAGUCUUCUUGUGUAUUCGGCGCAGAUUACGGACCUCACACGAGAAAAAGUCACCGUCGAAAGCUAUGAGAAAUCCGGUCUAUCAACUUGAGGGCAGGGUUUCCCAACAAAUUCCAGAUACUGCGCAACCGAGCAGUGCUGACUACGCUGAAGUGAACGAUGAGACGCGAAAAUCUGCGAAUGUGUCGACAAUACGACGACCGGACUUAGAGGCGGAAUCAACACCGAAUACAGGUGACAUUUACAACCUUCUGAAUGAAACGGACAGGGUCGAUGUAAGUGAUUACUACGAUCAUGCAAAGCCAGUCCCGUCCUCAGUUACGCUGCCAGAUUCUGGGUAUGGUGUGGUAUCGUAUGAGAGUGGAGACGUUCUCGCGCAGAACAAAGAAAAGAACAAGAUCAUUCCUGUUGGUGACAAGAUGUCGACUGAAGAAGUUCUAAACGAUGACUACUUUUUACUGGAAAAGCAGACAGUUUGAUUCUAUCCCGUAUGACAUGAAAAACCUCUGCAGAACUGCUAAGCUUUUCUUGAUUAAGUGCAAAUGUCCUCUUUCAUGUUUUUGAAGCAUUUUGCCAUCACAGAAUUUAGACUGUUUAUGCAGGCUUUAUGGUACAUUUCCAGUGAAAUAUCUCAAAAUGUACGUUUUUCACAAAUUGAAAAGAUAAAAUGUAAUUAAUCAAAGCUGAACAGAAAUCAAUCGAAUCAGGAAGCGUUUUAUUAUUCUCCCAUCUUGUUGUUAGGCCUGCCACGCCUUUUUACAUUUCAUGGAGUAGCAAAAAUAUCCUUUUGAAUACCUUAUGUGUAUUCCGAUCAGAUGUUCCAAUACUUGUAAAUGCCAGAUUUUAAAUGCAUGUUCCACCCAAGUGACACCAGUUCCGUGUAAAAAAAAAAAAUUAAAAAAAAAAAAAAAAAAACCAUGUAAAAGAAGACUGAAUGUUUUGAAAUUCAA